CGGUUGGGAUGGAUAGGUACAAUACAAGUGAACUGAAUGAAGGCUAGGGGAUCAAUACGUCACGGAAAUCAUUUUAGUUCAUGCUCACUCGUUUGCGGUGGGACCCUGGUCCUUAUUCGCCCGAUGAUAUAUCUACCUAUGUACAUCCAAUUGCUGGGUCUAGUCUUUCUUUCCUUUUGCCUGUCUGGUCGAUAUCGGUUCGGUUGUUUGGUCUUUGGCGGUUCCUUCUUUCGGUCAUCAGCUCGUGCUGCAAUAAAUAAUCUAUCCUGCGCUUUACAGGUCUGACGCGAUGCCAUCAAUUGGGACGGGCAGACGAGCUGUUGAAUAGUCGCCGCAG